UUCCCUUAGGAAAAAAAAACAGAAGAAAAAGAAACAGUAGAAAUAAAAAAAGAAAACCAUUUUGCAGAGGGGCCUAGCAAUAUUUUGGAACAGCUGAUUAGCAUACAGGAACCAUGAGCAAACAUCAAUGGCGCUCUCUGUUGAAUUUGAGACGGGCUCGAAAAAACAUGACAAUAUUCAGAUAGGAUUAAUGCCUCCUGCCACUGGGACCAACCAGCUUGGACAACAGACAUUGUCUACAGGAUUUGGUUAUCUCAAUAAUGGGCAAAUGAAUAAUAUUCACCUGGAAGGAAAUAUUAGUCUCAUUGAAAAACUUUUUGAGAGACAAUAUAAUUAUUCUUCAAAUGGUCAGGCAACACCAAAUUUAUAUGAGUCCUUACAGAUGCCAUUUUCUGGUGAUGAAUGGCUCGAAAAUAACAAUUAUCAAAUCAACACAGAUAUAAAUGAGCAAUGGAGUUGUGAUAGAUCAAAUGAUCCUCUUGCUAAUUCCAGUCAGUUUAUGCUGUUCAAUCAAGAUCCAUGGGAGCAAGAAAAAUUUAUUGAUAAAUUUGGCCUUAAUAGUUGCUCGAAUGAACGAUGUUCAACUGCCCUUGAUGAUUUAGUUUCCAAGAUAGUGGAUGAUGAUCACCCUCUGCUUAAUGACAAUGGUGACUGUGAAGAUACUCACUCACAGUCCACAUCAGGGGUGUUUUCUUUUGAUGGCUCUCCUGGUUUGUCACUUGGAAGUGUCUGGUCUUGUAACAACCAAAUAAGGUCCAGUACUGAAUCAGAUUAUGGGAAUGUUGAACAUAAUACCUCACCUCAUUGGGAUGAGAAAUUUAAUUCUUCAUCUCUAUUUCAAGAGUCAAAAUCAUCAGAUGCCUACCUCAGUGCCAAGGAUACUUUUAGCUUUGAAGAUCCUUUAUUCACUGAUACUUCUGUUUCUAUUGCUUCUUCUUUGACCUACCCUUGCUUUUCAACUCCCAGAUCUCUUGGAAACUUCAACAAUCAGAACAACAAUAACUUGGUUCCAGAUUCUGAGAUUGUCCAUAACAUCUCAAAUUCUAAUUUUUCUAAAAACAAGUCUUCACAGUGUGAUAACACACAAAUAGAUAUGCCUCCAAUGAGUCCACUCAUUCAUUUCCAGGGAGAUUUCAGCAACAUUCAAUCACCACAGUCGCCUGGAGUAGAUUCUUCAGUCAACAAAACCUAUCCUAUAUCUAAUGGCCAUGUUUUACCUUUGCAAGAUUCUGCAGUAAAUGUUAAUGAGAAAACUUAUCCGUUCAACAAUAAAAACAAUUUGACAUUCCAUAUGCCUUCUACUCAGAUCAAUUCUGGCCAUGAAAGAGAACCUUUCAAUUGUGAUUCAAAGCCUCAAAAUGUUAGUUUCCACAAAAGAAACAAUUCUGUAUGUCAACCCCCUCCUAUUCCUGUGCAACAGCAAAUUUCUUCCAUCCCCAAUCAGAUCUCUUAUGGUCGAAUUCCGCCUAAAUUUUGUAGUCAUAACAUGUCAAAUUCUUCUCUGCCUAAUGUUAUUGAUGGUGGCUUUAAUAAUGUUGAAAAUUUACAUCAGAUUCCAAGGCGAAACUCAUACCCUCAUAAAAAUAAUAUUGCAAUGAUUGCUGCUACACUCAACAAGCAACAUCUUCUACAAACAAAACUGUUAGAUCACUGCAAUGGAAAUGUAACCAACAUUGGGUCAAAUAUUUCUUUCCCCAAGAAUACUGGUGGACAUGAAAAUAUUACACCAUGUGCAGCUGAUUUUGUGCCUAUGGAUCACCAUCAGUUUAAUCAGGAAAGAUUUAAUAGUCCAACAUCUUUAUCAUCUACUGACUUUUAUCGUCAAAGAGGAAUCUCUCCAACAGAAGAAAAUGAUCUUGGGCCAGAUAAUUUACAACAAUACCCUGAUGAUUUUUAUAUGCAUGAUAUGGGUAUUAUCAAUAACCAUAUUGGGCAACCAUCAUUUCUCAAAUACUCCCCUCCACUACCUACAAACCAAAUGGUACCAACACCACGCAACUUUGGACAUGAGGUUUAUCCACUUGAAAAUUUCAGCUAUUUCCCUCCAUUUUUUGGUCCAAAUGAUCUAAUUUACGACAUGCCUUCUUAUUUAUAUGGAUUUCAUCCUCUUUAUUCAGGCUACCGACACAAUAGAAGAAGUGGUCCUUCUAAUGAGUUACAUUUACGAUUAGAGGAAUGCUAUGACCAGUUCAAGGCAAUAGAAAGAGAGCGUAAAAAGACUGAAGCAGAACUUGCUCGUCAAAAUCCAGGGAAGAAAGUGUCUAGCACUAACAACAUUGCUAUUCCGGCACUGCCAUCUAAUCCAUCACGUGUGGAUAAACUGGUUGUAGAUUCAUUUAAAGAACAGGCACGAGUAAAAACAUUAAUUGAUAAAAUGGAAAAACUAAAAAAUACAUUACUUCACCUUAACAUUCAUUUAACUUUGGAAAAAUGGUAUGAAGGAAUACGUAAAGUACAAGCUUGUCGUAGUGAGGAAAUAAUAAAUGCUGCUAAUAGAUACAAGAGUGGAAUGCCGAGACAUCAAGAUGACAAUGAUAUUCUUGCACUUGCUGCUAGCAUUCGUGAGCUAACUCUACUAACUAGAAAAGCUCGAACAACCUGUUGGUGUGCUCUCCAGAUUGCUGGGAACAACUCACUAAUUUCUAAAAAUGGAAUUAUUGAGCAACCACAAUACUUCUCCAAUGACUUCAGUUCUGCUGGUGAUAGAAAGAUGAACAAUAUAGUUAAUAAAACAGCUGUAAAUUUACAAAUGCUGCAACUGAAAAAUGCUUUCAGUAACAGUAUUAGAGUUCCAUCCAACUCCAUGUCGGGUCUUCAUAAAUCUGUUUCUCUUACCACAAAUCCAGUACCAAAUGCCUCUUAAAGGGAAUAGCUGCUCACUCAAAGGGCUUAUUUGCUUCAGGUCUUGGGAAUUGACACAUUUCUAAAUAACAACAAAUAAAACAUGUUUUUAAAAUUUUGAAUAUUAAUCUUUUUUCAAAAUUUUGGUUUUAAAUAUCAAUUACAUGAUUUAAACUUAUUUAAAUUGUUCUUUAAUUUUAGAAUCUGCCUAAAAUAUCAAAUAUACAACAAACUUCAAACCUAGAUUUCAGAGUUGAAAUUGAUUCAAAUGAAAAUGUAUUCAGAAUUUGUUUUUACUAGUCAUUUAUUUUUACUGUGAUAUUGUUUUGAUAAAUUAUCAAAUCUGUGAACACCAUGACAGUGUUUUAAAUAUUGAUUUUAUAUUGGUUUUAUUUAAUUUGUUUCUGACAACUUAUUCAAUACAUUCUCAUGAAAAUCAACUUUGAAUUUUUCUUAUAAACAUUCUGGAUUAUGCGGGAGUUAAUUAUAAAUAAGCUAGCACAAAAAUUCAUUUGAGAAAUAAGGAUCCUAAAACUUACUGAAUGGAAGCCUAUUAUUUCUUCUGUUAAUUUAGGUUUUAAGUCUUUACUGUCUGUAAUAAUCAUUAUAAUAAUUAUGAUUAUUAUUAUUGAUAUGAUUAUAAUAGGCAUCAAAUUUUUUCCCUGUCUAAAAAUUCUUAAGGCAUCUAUUUAGAGAUGUGUACUUUCCCUUGAUGUUUUUUUUUUUUCUCUAUUAUAUUAUUUAUAAAAAUUGUGGCAAUUCCUGAUUCCCCAUCCUUGCUCUUUUUUUCAGCACAGCAUAUUUUUCUGAAAACUCUAACAUUCAUAUCCUUUAUAUAUUUUUUUUUUAAUGGAAAGUAAUUGUUUUAAUAUUAAGAGUAUAUUUUGUAAGUGGAAAAGAACAUGAUGAAGCCUGAAAAUCUUAUUCACUCAUCAAAGUAUAAUUUACACAUAUUACUGUGUAUCCUUAUAUGUUUAUUUUUCUUCUAUAACAUGUGUUAGAGAUUGUAUUCAAACAGACAUGUGCACUGUUAUAUUUAAAAAAAAAUGCAUCAAAGACACUGAAAUAUCAAAUGCACACUUUUUUUACAUUUAAAUUCAUUCACAACUGUUCAGUGUUCUCUAUUCUCUGCUGGAGUUUAAUUGACAUUCCAAUUUGUAAUAACACUGGCUUAAUGGAUGACAAUUUUUAUCUGACUGAUAUAGAUUUACAGUCUUAAAACAAACAUUUGAAAUCUAUGGUAGUAUCUAGCUGAGAUAUUUAUCAUAAGGCAACUUUUAAUACUUUCAAAAAUUAUUGAAUACAGAUCUGUUGUUAUUUUAUUAACUCUUGCUUAAAAUUUAAAAUACAUUGUAAAAUAUUUCUUUACAUUUUUUAAAAUGUAAUUUUAAGUUUUUAUUUAUUGAAUAUGUCAUAUUCUAGUUGCAUUUGCUUUCAAAAUUUUUUGAAAUGUCUUACCAUAUUUAGUGUAUUAUCUAUUUAACAACUCUACCUAGAUAUCAAAUAUUCCAUUUCCUGUUUCACAUUCUUCUUUGGUAUUAUAAUUUCAUUUCAAUUUUAUUUAAUUUUUUAAUGUUAAUAGAUGUAUAUAUUUAAUUGUUUGAAGCUGCCUAACACUUUUAGGAAAUUACUUUACAUUUAGUUAGGAAAAGCUAUUUAAGAAUCUCUAAAAAUUUAAUUUAUUUGAUUUAAUUUUUAUUACUAUUUCUAUCAUAAUUAUCAUGACUCUCUUAUUAAAUGUGUUUAUAAUAAAGUUUUACCACUUUAUCAAAAAACAAUAAGUAUUUCUAAGACAUCAUAGCUAUAGAGUUGACAUUUUGAUGAUUUUGUGAGCAUUACAUUUUUUAAAAAAUAUACUAUUUACAUUUAAAAUUUCUUUAACUGUCAAAUAUAUCUCUGGUUCUUUUGACAUUGCUUUCUAUUAGAUGGGCUCAUUCUAAAGGUUGUUUUUUUUUUUUUUCUUUAAAAUUUUACAUUUUGUCAAAAAUUAAAGAAACAGUAAAAGAUUGAAUGGAAUUUUGAUCUGAUACUCAAUGAAACAAUAGGACAAUAGCUGAUUCAAAUGUAAAAAUAUGGCUUGUGAACUAAUGUUCAAGCUUAUAUUUUAAAAAUAUGUGGAAAUGGCUUACCUAUUUGUAAAUUCUUUGAGUUUUGUUUUGUUCUGACCUUUUCCCUUCUGUGUUGUUAAAUUUUGAAUUACUUAACUGAAAUUAGAUUUCAAACAUUUAAACAAUUUUUUUUUCCUAAAUUUUAUAAGGUUAAGUGUUUCAAGCAAUGUUCUGUAUUAGUUAAUUAUUACAUUUAGUUAUGUAAUAGACAAUUAACACCAAUAUGAUCUAUGCAAGUGGAAACUUUGCUAUAGGAUAACUUAGUCUAUAAUAUCUGCAUAACUGGAUUUGUUUAUUUAUUACUCUCUGCAUUAAGCUGAUGUUAGAUAGUGGAGUAGAAAUCUGUCUUUAGUUGCUGUUUGUAUAUAAAGGGAAUAGGGAAUUUUUGGUUGGAUUGUUAAUGUUAUUUCAGUUAUAGUUGGGCUACCAGAAAAUUCUUUAAUGUAGCAGCUUUGUUGCAGAGACAGAUUAAGCUGAGAGAAAAAUAAAUUUCAUUUAGCCUUUUAUUUUUUCUCUCCAUUUCUUUGAAUAUGAUAUGUGUUCUUUUGCAUUUGAAUUGUAUUGUGUUCUGGUAUUUCACUCUUGAAUUUUAGUAGUCUAUAGUUUAGGAUAACCUCUAGGUGCAAAUGCUUUGAUUAAAUCUUUUUCUUUUUCUUUUCUUUUUCUUUUUUCUUUUUUUUUUUUCCAAAAUGAAAUUGUUAAUAUUAUGAGAAGGACCAAAUUUAUGUAUCUGCUAUUUAAAUGCUUUUUAAAAAAAAAAAUAUUUAUUAGAAACUGAUGUAUUCUAUUGAUAAAUUUUAUUUGAUCAGUUUCUCUUUAUCUAUAUCUCAGAGCUAUUGCUUUGUUUGAUUGUUGUAAUUAAUAGUUUCUGACAUUCAGAUUCACUAAAAUUUGAAACAAUUGUGAUUGUAUCAUGUUAUUUAAACUUAUAUUCUCUACUGACAUUGGGCUGUUUAAAUAUUGAAUAACCUGCAAUUGUAUUAAACUUGAGUUCCAGUUAACCCCACAUUUUGUUAUGAUUUUCUAGUCAUAAUACUGAUAUAUUUUAAUUUGUUCCCUCCCUCAAUGACUCUUUUGACCUAUAAGGUAGGCAUGCUGUAAGCAUUUGAAGCAUGUAAUUUAAUGCAUUGUGUUGCUUAUUCAUUGAAGUUGAAUUGGAAAAUAUAUUUAUUUUGAACUUUAAAUAUUGUAAUCAACUAUAUUUGCAUACAAUUAUAUGCAAUUUUAUGCUUAUUUUUGAUAUAACUAGAAAAUCAUAAUUGUAUUAAAAAAUUUGGGGUUUAGGCACUGCACAUCUUAGUGAUGUUUAUUUCAUCUUUUAUUUUCAGUCAUAUUCUAUAGUCAAAUUCAUUAAAAAGACUCCUAUUUUUCUAAGAAAACUACAACUUUCUUCCUGUUUAUCACUCUUAAGAUUUACUCCAGAAAAACAAAGUUGUGGACAAUGCUAAAAUAAAAUCACUCAUUAAAAAUACCUUGUAAUUUAUUCAAAACACUUUCAAAGAAUUAGUUUUCUUUAUAUUUUUCAUGUUACUGCCAAGUUGAGCACAAAGCUUAUUUUAGUAUUUAUCACCUCUAGCUUUCAUUCCCACCAUAGGCCAUAAAGUGGAUAUUUGAAUAUAUUUGUGAUUUGUAUAUUUAAAUGUGAGCAAAAGAAUCUCUAAUGAAGUAAAAUAAGACAAUUUACAAUUUGGCUUCAAAAUUAAAACAAUUGUAAAGCUUGCUAUAAAUGUCACAAUACCACCAACCCGAUGUCAUAGCUCUUUGGAAAUUCAGUCAGGUCUAUGUGAUGAUAGCAAGCUAAUAAAAUAUUAUGUGUGUUUGUUUUUUCGACAUAGUCGAGUCAUCUGUUUGAAAUUGAGAGCUUUUCAACAAUACAUUUUAUAUGCCUUUUCAUACUGUCAUAACCUAUUCAGAGGCUUUAGUUGGCUUUUGGUUAUUUUCAGUAUUCUGAUGAAAACUUCCAUAGUUAUAAAAAUAUUACAAUUUUUAAAAACAAAUUUGUAUGCAUAAUUUCUUUUUUUUUUAAAUUCUAAUUUAUUUUGUUCAUCUAAAAUUUCAGAAAUGUUAUUCAUUAUAUAAUUUGCAUAUUCUAUAGCUUCUCUUGAUUUUUUUUUCUUCUUCUUGUCUAUUAAAAUUGUAGACUUGAUUCAGGUACCAUGACCAACUUUUUCAGCAUUUUAUAUAUAACCCUAUUACAAUUUAGAAUAUUUGUAAGAGAUUUAAUCACUUUCAAAGAAAACAAAAAUCCAUAUUCAUUUGGCCUGGGUUGGAACCUGGGCAUAAUAAAUCCAUUCAUUAAAAGAAUAAUGUAGAAUGAAAACAUUUUCUAUGGUAAAUACACAUAUAAAUGAACCACAGUUCUACAUUUUUUUUCAUUAAAGUCAAAGCAUUUUAUAAUUCUAGACUCACAAAUUUCAACAUAUACAUCGUGUAUAUAACUCCAUAAGAGAAAUUUCACCUUAUAUCCAUAUUUAUAUCUUCAU